UAUUAAUAACCUACGUAAUUGUAGCCAGUUCCUAAAAUGAUGAAUUUUUCCUUUUAAACAAGUUCUGAUUGCGAGUUUAUUGGGUACAUUUGGCGCCAUCAUUUUGGGUCGGUUUCAUCACAAAUACAUUUAGGGUUAUAGGGCUUCAAAUUCUCUCAUUCACCAUAGUCGACGAAACACAAUGGAUUGACUUCCGUUGAGCGAGCAGGUACAGUAGUGGUUUAAUGGUUUAGUAUAUAGGUCUCUCAUUCUUGCAAUGAACUUUGAAAGGGAGAGCGAGCAAGACCAAUCCCCUGGCUGUUUUGAUGAUGAUGGACAUUCUAAAAGCCAGCUUCUUGAAAACCCACCUCAGGAAAAAGUGAAGAUUGAGACAGAAAGUGAAGUAACUGGCAUUGAUUGGAUCAGCAAGCUACCAGACGAUCUUAUUGUCCGAAUUCUUUCUCAGUUGCCUAUACAAGAUGCCUUCAGAACAGCUAUUCUCUCUAAACGCUGGCAAUAUCCCUGGACUUGUAUAGACAACCUUAUUUUUGACAACACAUAUACCGAUUGGGUUGAUAGAGUGAAUGUGAUUAAUAAGUUUGUUUCCUUCACGGACAAUGUACUACCGCUCCUUUGCUGCUCUAAAAUUAAAAAGUUUACUCUAUAUUUCCGAUUUUGCCUUGUUUCGUCUUAUAGUUCAAAAAUUGACGAGUGGCUUGAAAUUGCUUUGAAGAAAAGAGUCGAGGAUCUUGACCUGGAAAUAUGGUAUUAUGAUGAUGAUCCCUUUCCCUAUGUCUUGCCACAAGCUCUCUGUAGCUGUUCAUCUAUUAUAAAAUUUCGUUGCGAGUUUUGCAGAAUACCAGAAGAAUGUGUACUAAAUUGGACAUCGCUGAAGAGUUUAACGCUAAAGUAUUUGUUUCUCCGGGAUGAACAUAUUGAACAAAUAGUAACAAAUUGUCCUCAGUUGGAAUCUUUGAAGCUAUGUGAGUUUUGUGGUUUUCAUCGUUUACAUUUAACUUCUCCAAAAUGUAGUAGGCUGGAAUUGAUUGAUCAUGUCCAUCCUGACGGAGAUUGGGGUUCAUUUGGAGGUGAUUGUUCCUUCGAAAUAGUUGCUCCAUAUAUUCAACAUUUAAAGAUUUCGGGGCAUUUUGAUGGUGUGGAAAUUAGACUAGGGGACCUUUCAUCUUUAGUCCACGCUGAUCUUACUUUCUCUGUUGAUGGUGUAUUUGACAAGACCGUGGAACUUCUCUUGGCAAGUGUACGUUGUGCUAAUGAGCUAAUGGUCCCAUGCUGGUUUAUCGAGAUGAUUUAUGUGUUGGCGGUGGAAAAGAAAGCUGUUUCAUUACUUUUGCUGAAGUGCAAAAAGUUGACGAUAAAUUCUUGGAUUUCAAAAAAGGCCAUUCUCGGCAUAGACUGUCUCUUAAGGUCAACUCCUUAUCUAGAGAAUUUGACGAUAAUUCAUCAAGAGGGCGAUUUCUAUGCUUGGGAUGGAGAAUAUAAUUCGUCGGAAGAGAAAGACUCUGAUUCGUCAGGAGACGAAGAUUUUGAUUUGUGGGGAGACAUUUCCCUCUCCUUGCAUGAAAACAUAUUCAGAGGCUCCUUACAGAAUUUGAAGCAUGUAGAGGUUACUUCAAACUGUUGUAGUUGUCUACACAAAGCUAACGCAACAAAGCUCCUUUCAGAAUUCUUGAAGUCUUUGGUUGAGCAUGCAAAAAAUCUUGAGAAACUGGUUAUAGCGCCAUGGCAUAAGGGAUGCAAUAACUCUUCAACCAAUAUCUCAAAUGUGAUAAAGAAUUUAGCUUUUCCAGGAGCUUCUAAUAUUGCAAUUGUUUCCUUAGGAUCAAUUUCCAGUGUUGACUUUCCUGGGGAGUAGAAACUUUUAUAUGGACCUUGUUUGUUUCCCAGGAUAUUUUGUUACUGUUUUUGGAACUAUUCUACUUUUAUAUGUUGUCAGAGUAAAAAAUUGCUUACCAUCAAGCUACUGAAUAACUGAAAGAGGAGAGAAGUAAUGUGCUCUCAUUGAUUAAACUAUUGUGGUAGCGUAAAUCAAAGAAGUUUUGCAUUAUCAACGUAUAAAAUGUAGCAUCUUUAAUUUGAUA